AUGGUUGUGCUGAAGAUUUCGGGGGAACGGGACCUUAUAGCUGGUGUGAAGGUUUAUAUGCAGACAUGGAGCCCAGGAUGCCACUGUAUCUGGGCGUCCCCACCGCUUCCUCCUGGAAAGGAGACUGCCUGGCGUCACUCGCCGCUCAGGUUCGCCUCCCUCCGCCGGGGAAGCACCGACCGAGCCUCUUGGCAGCCGCGUCCCGGGACGGAGAGGGGCGGGGGCGGCGAGGCCAUUGGGCCUCCUCCCCUUCCUCCUCCGCCGAAAGUGAAAGCGGCUCCCGCCGAACAGAUCGCGCAGCGUCGCUCUGCAGCUCCCGCUCCUCGCCUGCCCGUCCGCAUGGCCGCCGCCUCCUUCGCGCCCGCCCGCGGUGAGCGGAGCCCCCUCCUCUUCCUCCUCCUCCUCCUCCUCGGUGCGUCCCUGGGCGCCUCCUCGCCGCCGCCCUCGGCCGCCGCCAAGCUGGGCUGCUGGUUCGUGGAGGAGGCGGGCGGCGGCGGCCGCGGGGCCGGGUCGGUCAUGCCCAGCGACCUGAGACACCGCCGCGCUCUGCUCGUCCUGCCGCCGCCCGGGCAGCGCCUCGCCGAAGCCGCCCUGGAGCCCGACCUGCCCGCCGAGGUGGAGCCCGGCCUGGCCUUCCAGCUGCUGGACCCCUCCGGGACCCUCUGGAGCGGCAAGGAGGCCGGCGCCCGUCCCCGCUGGGAGGGGGCCGCUCUGUCCGGCCCCGGAGAGGCCGAGGUGGCCUGCGAGAUCAACCCCUACCAGCCGCGGGAGGCCCACGUGCCCUGGGCCGCGGGGCUGGUGGGGCAGAAGGGCUGCCCCCGCUCGCUGGAGGGCCGCUGGGUCAUCGCCACCAUCCAGAACCCCGAGGUGGACUUUGGGGUCAGCAGCAUCCUGCACCAGGAGGGGCCGUUGCCCGGGAAACCGGAGGCGAGCAGGGUCGCCGUGGCAACAGCCGUCCUCUCGGUUUUCACCCGGACACCCCGGCUGGAGUCCCGCCUGGGGCAGGACGUGCUGCUGGACUGUGGCUUCUCAGCUCCGGCCACGGCCUUCUCGGUCGAGUGGCGCCACCAGCAUGGCGGGGCCGGACAGGUGAUCCUGGCCUACGACGGAGCUACCCAGCACAUGGCCAUGUCUGAGGAGGGGGCCCGGCUGUUUCUGGACCCCGGGAGCAGCAACGUCUCGCUGCAGUUGCAAGGCGCUCAGGUGCGCCACGAGGGAACCUACAUCUGCUCCGUCUACCUGCCCCACCUGCAAGCCCAGCAGGCCGUGGAGCUCAAGAUCGUGCAGCCGCCCAAGGUCACCCUCCGCCCGGUCCCCUUCCCGGUGCCCCUCAACACCCACACGGACCUGGCUUGCGAGAUCACCGGCUAUUACCCCCAGAGCGUCUCCGUGGUCUGGAAGUGGCACAGUCCCGGCACCCCACAAAAGGUCCUCCUGGAAACGUGGGAAUCAGGGCACCGGCAGGCGCCGGACGGCACCUACAGCUUCACCAGCUUUGCCCGCCUGCCAGCUGUCCAGCCAGGGGACCAGGGCGGCUCAUACAGCUGCCACGUGAGUCACGUGGGGCUGAGCCAGGCGGGGCUCCAGAAGAGCCUGAAGCUGAAUGUGGCAGGCUCCUCGGUCCCCUCCGUGGAGGACGUGAUUGGCCUCUUCCUGGUCACCUUUGCGCUCCUGGGCUUCCUGCAGGUGCUUUCCCAGCGAGCCUCUGCAGAGAAGAAGGAGACGACCAUGAUGACGUCGGAGCCAAGCAACCAGAGUCCUCCGCCUGACCCCUCGCAGCCUGCUGCUCCUCCCCCCGAGAAGAACCAGGGGGGCAGCAAGAGGCGGCUCUCUGGACUCGGGUCCUCGUCGCCGGGCCCCACUCCGAAGUGAAAGGCCUCCUGCGUGGUGGAGCCUCACUCUGGAUCCUGCAGGAAGGAAGGGCUGCGGAGGGUGGGGGGCGUUGGGAGACCCCCUCCCCCCCCAUGGAUCGUAGUUGGCAAUUUGGGGAGGGGGUCCUGAACCUGCUUAGUGUGUGUGUCUGUCCUCCCCUCAUGCAGGAAGCAGGGAUCCCUGCUCCGUCUCUACCUCCCUACCUGUCCCCGGGGCCCCUCAGAGGCCCAGGCCCCGGCCCUCGCUUCUUCCCCCAGGCUCUCCCCAGACGCUGCAUUGUGGGGAAGCAGCCAGGCAGCCUGGCCUACUCUGGGGCCCCCAGGUGGGUGGGAGGCCGAGGGACCCCCCGUGUGUUCUCACCCACCCCGCAGUGUCAGCUGUUUCGCUUUCCAAGUCCUCUGCUGAAGAGGCUCCCUCAGUGGGGGUGGGGGUGGCUUGUCUGCCUGCCCCCCUCCCACAACUGCAGGGCGGAAGGAAAGGGGUUUUCUUUGCUCUCUAUCAGCUUAUAAAGAUUUCCCUUUCUA